GUGAGGAGCCACUGUGAGUUACUGACGCUCUGCACAGAGGACAUGUACACAACUACUGCAGGAAGUAGGACUCAAAGACACACAAAACAACCUCUAAGAUUCAAACAACCACAAACACUGAGAACUGCAAAGAAACACAGCCACAGACCUGCGAAGCAAAGACACACAAAACCACCACAGAGCGACACACGAGGACCACAGAGAGACUCAAACACCACAGACAGUCAGUUGUUUUUAAUCCUCAUGUCUGUUCACAUUAACACAUUCUUCUAGCAGCCUGUCAGUCGUCUGUAAAUCACUUUGUGUUGCACCGUUCCCUCAGGUUUACACUGGUGUGUUAGCAUGUUGCUAACGUUAGCCGUGUGUACUGAGCGUGUGUUGUUGCCGAGUCACCUCAGGUGAUGCUCGCGUGCUGACCACCUCUAAUCCUCCACCUGGAUCCAUAACCUUAAUGCCUGCACUGUUUAUGUGGAUCCAGGUCUGUAAGCCACUUUAUCUUAUAGGCCAAUCUGUCCACACACACACACACACUCUCAUAACACACACUCAGCCCCGGGCAGCGUUAAUGGGAUUAACGAAGUUCACCCAGUACUGAGGCUGAAAGUGUGAGCCAGCGGAAUAUCAGCUUUCACUUUCACAGAACGGCCAGCGCCAUUUAAAGACACACACACACACACACACAGCAUUAAACUGUUCAUCCUGAAGACAGUGAAACACAAACACACAGUUAAAUCCAAACACACUGCACUGGUUUCACCUGUACCAGUACAGACACACUGAUCACUUUAUUAGGAACACCUGUCUGCUCAUACAGUUUUCCAAUCACACUGUUUCCUUCGUUUAUCUGACACUUGUCUUUUUGGGGAUCAUCCUCUCAGGUGUGGACGUUAUUCCAGAGACUUGACAUCUCGUUAGCGAAGCUGUCUGUAAUAAUUCAUGUUGAUGAAUAAUGUUGGAUCAGUAUUUAUUAGGAGUUUUGUGCUCAUACACAUGUAACAGUAAUUUAGUUCUGAUGAAGGCAGGUUUGUUGAGUUUAACUGAAGAAGUGAAGGGUGUCGACAUCUCUGAUCCUCUGUCCGUCCUCACCACAGUAAGAGCUGAAUCUCUGAAUGCAACAAUAACAUAUUUACACUGAAGAUUUUACACAGACAUACAAAACCAGAAAACUGAUCCAAGAAUAAAAAGAAACCAAGACAAUAUGAAGAAAAAAUAAAUGAACAGCAGGUAAAUGAGGUAAUACUGUGAGUGAAGGCUGAAGAUUAAUUUAUUAAACUGAAGAAGCAGGAACAAAAGAAAACAACACGUCCGGCCAUCGUCCUCCUAGAAAGAUGUUUUUGACUUUGUAUCAUGUCUGUUUGCAGCAUGUUGUGUGUAUUGUUUGUCCUUGUCAGCCACCGUAGGAACAUGUUGUGUUUGAGUGCAUCAUCUUUACUUUCAGGUUCUAUAAAGACGUUAGUGUUCUGACUUUGUAAAUGCUGCUGUAGCUGUGUUGCAGGUGUGUGGAGCCGUUUGUGUUGCAGCAGCUCAGGUGUCCUCAGGUGAAGGCAGCGUUGACUCAGAGCAGCACUGACCCAGAUCUGAUGGAGGUGAGUGGGUCAGCGGUGUGAGCGCCGUCAGCCUCACCCAGGGAAUCCAGACUUACUCCCUUUAUCUCAGGAUAUUUUUACUCAGAUUAUCUCACUGCACUCGAGGAUCAUUUCACAGCUUCACUGUUGAACUGACUUUAAACAGACAGACGUGGUGGAGGCUGUAAAGAGUGAAACUGUUCUUUAGUCCAGAUCAGAGACUGACUGUGGGAACAGACAAGGUCACACCGUCAUCAUCUCUUGUCCAAUAAAUAACUGCCCUAAAAUAACUGUACUCUGCUGCUGAUGUCGCACAACAACAAGAUGGCGGACUUCCUCAUCUGAUCAGCAGCGUCGUUACUCGUCUGUUGGUGGAAGUGAACUUUCUUGUCAUUACUACAAAAUCUUUACUCUUUGAUUCUGUCAACAAACCGGACCGGAAGUUGAAUCCGCUGUGUAGAUCCAGGUAAAUACAGGUAACUAGAGUAGUUUACUGACGGACUGUUUGUCCAGUGUCUGUCAUCCUCAGACAUCAUCUGACCAACAGCUGCUGUCGUUAAACUGCUGCUCCGCCAUGAUGGCGGUUAUCUGAGCGAAUUAGCUAGCUAGCUAACGUUCGCUAGGUAGCUAGCCAGCUAACAUUAAUCCCAUUUAUUCAGUGUCAGUCUGACAAACUUUAAAGUAACUUUAGUUUCCAUCAGAUGUUACGGUGAUGUGUUCCUUUAUAUUUUUAUUUCCACGGUCAGAUUAUCGCUAACGGGCCGCUGUUGCGUCGACAUCUGUUUCCCGGGGUUACGGUUACCCGCCUCGUUUCCACAACCGGAAGUUCGUUCAUUUCUAUGGGAACCUCAGUGAUCUCCGACAUGUUUGUUGAACUCCGUCAGUUUCUUCUGUUCAGAAUUGGCCUGUAGUUGGUUGAAAAAUAUUUUUUUGUGUCGGAGUUCGAUCAGACUGUAUACGGCGCGGGAAGUUAGCACACAAACGAAUUAGCUAACUUAGCUAACGGCGUAUGUUGCUAACUCCUCACGGUCCAUAAGAAACAGACAAACGUAGCAUUUAAAGUGGUGUUUCUGUUCACCUGUAAACACACGUCUUUCCUAGUGUUGAACACCUGUACAUGGUCCGGUACAGGUUAAGAUCUGCAGGUCGUCCUCAGCUGAGCGUGGCCUACAUCUGUCACUGUCCACAUCAAUAGAGAUGAUGGAAGAAGAAGAAGUCAAUCCUCUGUACAGACCGCUGAUGCUGCGUGCUGAUUGGCUGAGCCCGCAGCUCCCGGCCCCUCCCUCCUCUGUGAUGGCAGGAGAUAAAUAUCACCACGGAAACCUCAGAGCCUCAGAUCAUCUGCACCACUCAUCCCUCCAUCCCUCUCUCCUCCACACGGAAGCUUCUCUUCUCUUUGAGGAAGUUUUUCACACUUUUCACUGGACCCUGAAGUACUCUCAGAGAAGGCUGUUUCCCCACUGAGAGCUGAGUCUUUAAACGCAGCGCUGAGGACUGUGAAGUUUGUUCCUGUUGAAGCUGAUCUGGGAUCAGGUUCAGGAUGGACUUCUGUCUGACUGACUGUCAGCUCCUGAGCCCACACCUCCUGGACUCCCCCUCCUCCUCCUCCUCCUCCUCCCACGCUGAUGAAGCUCAGUCCCCGGCCUCCUUCCUCCACUCCUCCCCCCUCAGUCCCUCCUUCCCUCUGGACCCCACGCUGGCUCUCAGCCCCUCACACCCGGCCUUCCUCCUCCCCAGCCCGGCCUCCUCCUCCUCCUCCUCCUCCUACAGCCUCCUCUGUGGAGCUCCGGAGCCGGACUCUCCGACAGGAUCUAGCUCCAGCGGUGGAAGUGGCGGAGGCGGUGCCGCGGCCUCGGAGGCGUCGGUGCGGUUUUCAGUGUCGGACUCGUUUUCGGCUCAGGUCGACUCCAUCCUGAGGGGCGAGUACCUGACGCCGAUCGGCGCCGCCGGCCCGAAGAGGCUCUGCCUCGUCUGCGGAGACUUUGCGUCCGGGUAUCACUACGGCGUGGCGUCCUGCGAGGCCUGCAAGGCGUUCUUCAAGAGAACCAUACAGGGCAACAUCGAGUACAGCUGCCCGGUGAUGAACGAGUGUGAGAUCACGAAGCGGAGGAGGAAAGCCUGCCAGGCCUGUCGCUUCCAGAAAUGUCUGCAGGCCGGGAUGAUGAGGGAGGGUGUUCGUAUGGACCGGGUCAGAGGAGGACGACAGAAGUAUAAGAGGCGGGUGGAGGCGGGUUUGUUCAGAGCUCCUGUCAGCAGAAACAAGGUGAUUUCACACCUGCUGCUGACUGAGCCCGCCCCUCUGGCCGCCAGUCAGGACGAGUCGACCAAUGACAGCAGCCUGCGGACCCUGCUGACCCUGUGUGACCUCCUGAACCGGGAGCUGCUGGUUCUGAUUGGCUGGGCCAAACAGAUCCCAGGCUUCUCCGGGCUCUCAUUGGUCGAUCAGAUGUCGCUGCUGCAGAGCGGCUGGAUGGAGGCGCUGCUGGUCGGCGUGGCGUGGCGUUCACAGGGCGCGGCGGCGGGGAAGGAGGAGCUGGUGUUCGCCGGGAACCUGCGUCUGGACGAGGCUCAGUGUGAAGCCGCGGGAUUGGCCGACCUGUACGAGGCGCUGCGUCACCUGACGGCCAAAUACCAGGCCAUGAACCUGAGCCCCGAGGAGGUGGUGACGCUGAAGGCCAUGGCGCUCGCCAACUCCGACGCUGACCCGGUGGACUGUCCGGACUCGGUGCAGCGGUUCCAGGACGGGCUCCACGAGGCUCUGCAGGAGUACGAGUCGUCCCGCAGAGAGCAGCACCGGGCGGGCCGGCUGCUGAUGACCCUCCCCCUGCUGCGACAGACCGCCGACCGAGCCGUGCAGGCCUUCCUGCGCCUGCACCGCCACCGCCGCGUCCCCCUCCACAAACUGCUGCUGGAGAUGCUCGACGCCAAGGCCUGAGGGGGGGUUUCCUGUCCAUCUGUCUGUCUGUCGUCGUCCUGGGACCAGAUCCAGCUCCACCGAGGUUCAUCAACACAGGAGUUAAUCAUCACACUCAAUGUUUAUGUCCUGUAAACAACUACGGGGACGCACUGAACCAAAGUCAACUACACACAAAAACACUCACAGAACUCACCCUGUUCACUUCUGACCCCUCAGACCACGACCUCUUCCCUGAGAUGAAGAAAGAGCUCAGUGGCGGCCAUUUUGUCUGUGACAACAACAUCAGCACUGAUUCAGCUGAAGCUGUGAAACAAAGUCUUUCCUCUUCAGGGAGACAUUAAACCUUCCUGUUUAUUAAAGGUUGAUGUUUAUAAACGAUCAGUAGAAGACAAGAAAGACACAAGUGUUAGUUUCUAUUAAUAAAAUACAAAAAACUACAAACUCUCAGGUUUUACAUUUAAAUGUUUCUGAGUUUGUUUCAUUUGACUAGAAGAAAAAGGAUUUGAACUCUGCAGCAGUUAGACAGCUGGACUUCCUGAAGAGCUGGAAUCAGACUUCCAGCUACCCUCCAUCAUCAUCAUCCUCAAAACAUUUUGUCACGUCAUAAAAUUGACGUGAUUUAUUUUUGUAAAAAAAGAUACUUUUGUGUGAACUUUUUUUCCAGAGUGUUUGAGUGUGUGUUGGUUUACCUGAAAGGUAAGCUGGUCACCGUAGCAACAACCAGGAAGGAGGAGGAGGAACAGUGGAGCCGACUGUCAUGGACUUUUAUUUUGUCGGGCUUGGCUGUUCAGAUACGUUUCCUGUAUUGAUUAUUUAUUGCCUCUGCUGUUGAAUAGUUUGUAUGUGGGGUUAAAUAAAAGCUUUCGGAAUAAAG